AUGGAGGAGUUGGGGUUCAGAUUGGGCUGUCUACCUCCACCCUUGCUGCCACAACUAGCUAACCCGAACUUAGAAACACAUGAGAAACUGAUUGUGGCAUUCUGUCAAGCACUUGCUUUACCAACCGGAGAGCAAUUACUUCAGCGUUUUAACAUUACACUUAACUGUGUACACUGUGGAGGAGUUGAAUCUAUUAACCAUUUGCUAUUCUUCUGUCGUUUUGUUCAACGCAUUUGGUUUGCUUCACCAUUAGGACUUAAUACGCUAAGAUUGCAAAAUCAGCCAUUCCCUUUAUUAUGGCGUCAAGUUACUGCUGAUUUACUUUGCCAAGAUCCAUCACAAUCAUCGUUAAACCUUUGUUGCUUUAUUUGCUGGUUUAUUUGGAAGCAGAGAAAUAGUUUAUUAUUUGAUCAGGUGGAUCAGUGUGAGUUGGAUAUGUUGAGUAUUGCCAUUGCUGCUUAUUCUGAAUUUGCAGGUAUCACUCAAAACAAAUCGUCUCCUCAUGAAGUUGGACCUAUGGUGAUUUCUCAAUUAGAAUGGAGACCACCUCCCCAAGGGUUUAUCAAGAUUAACUAUGAUGCCUCUACCUCUCGAGAUCAUCAUUGUGGGUUUGUAUCUUCAGUGGCAAGAACUUCGAGUGGUUUGAUUAUUGGGCGAUUUCAUGCUUGCUUCAGACAUAUUUGGGAUCCAGGUAUACUGGAAUUCCUAGCACUUAGGGAGUCUCUGAAUUGGGCAGCUUCGUGUUCAUGGCAAUCCGUUAUCGUCGAGGGUGACGCUCUUCAAGUCUCACAGGUGAUUAAUUCCUGUAAUAUCGUGGAUUACCGUACUUGGGAGAUUUGUCAAGAUGUAUGGCGUCUUCAAUCUUGUUUUGUUCAGUGUAUAAUACAGUAUGUGAAUCGUAAGUUCAAUGGAUUGGCGCAUGACUUGACUUGUAGAGUUAAAAAGUGCUAUAUCCAGGGUCUGUAA